UCAUUGCUGCCGUCAAAAUAAAGACUUAUUCGGUAGAAAUUUGAAAUCGUUUUGUUAUUAUUCUAAAUUUGUUACCACACGAAUUUAAUACAUGGUGGUUUCCAUGGAAACCAGUGGAUAUCCAACUUGGCACUAACAAUGUGCCAGAUAUUUAAUGCUUGUAUCAAGAAGUGCUUGUAAUUUCGAGUCAUAUUGGGCUUCUCACGACAGCAGGAGCGAUGACGUCAUCGCCGUACCAAGCCCUUCGCAUUGUUGGUUCUCAAAAUGGCGGCUUUGUUAAAGCGGAGUGCUAGAGAACCUAGCAAACAACAAUGCGAAUACUGUGCAAAGAACGAUCAUUUCUUGAUACAAAAAGGACUUUAGAUCAUGUCUAAGGGUCCACCUCAUCGAUUCAAUCCCACUGGUGAGAGAUCAUUCAGAGGAUAUCCACCAAUUGCAAGAUAUGGAGAAUUCUCUGGUUCAUCAAGCUAUGGUUACUAUAGUGGCCCACCAUACAAAAGACAACGUCGUCUCAGUGAGGAUGACGUAGGACCACUUGGAGGGAGUUAUGGUCCUGCUUAUUAUGAUCCUCCAUAUGUGCGACACCAGGAAGUUGGGCUGGGCGAUUUUAACGACUUUAGUUCAAUCAGUGGAAAAGAUAUCAAGAUUGAAAGAGAUGGAAUUAAAAAAGAUCAUGAAAGAUCUGAACUUCAACCCAAAAAGCGACAAACAUCUACUGAAGGCAGUGGCUACUCUUUGCAAAGCCGCCCUGACAGUGCUCCAUCAUCACCUCACUCUAAACUUUCCCCAAGGUUCUCACCAUGCCGACCAACUACACCUCCUUUUUCUGUGACAUCUCAGCCACUACUGAUUACCGCUUCACAGGUGCUGUCAUCCAAAGCACCUUCAAUGACGUAUCCAAGUGAAGCAGCUUCAUUUUCAAAACAGCACUCUAUGCAUUUUACUGCGUCUGCGUCAUCCCAGUCCAUGACCAAAUCUGGUACCAAUUUGCAAGAAAAAUUAAAAGAUGCCACAGGAAGACCAGCUCCCAUAUCACUGUUACCAAGUGGAGGUGGUCAAAGAAAGGAUUCCUAUCCUGGUCCUGCUGUAGAGGCCAUAUCUCCCUCCGCUCCAGCUUCUGAAGCAAAUGGUGGAGAAAAGAAAACUGUUGGAAAUGAUCUGUCUGAUUUGAUGUCUAAAGAUGAACUACUCCAGAGCAUGGAGAAAGUGGAUAGAGAAAUCACACAGGUUGAACAACAAAUUAACAACCUCAAGAAAAAACAGAAACAACUUGAGGAGGAGGCAUCUAAACAGCCCAUUGAGCCACCAGAGGAAGAAGCACCUCUCCCUGAACCAAAACCAAAAAGUGUUGUACAGGUGAUCUACAAGGAGAACAAGAAAAAAGCUGAAACUGCUGCAGCAAGAUUGGCAAAGCUUAGUGUGCCACUUCCUGGAGGAAAGCCUUUGUACAAUCAACCAUCUGAUCUUCCUUGUUAUCAUGAGAACCUUCGAAGAGGCCCAGCUGUGAAAGCUAAAUUGGUUAAGUAUUUUCAGUUGAGAAAGCAGGCCAAAGAACUCAAGAAUCGUCAAUUGUGUAAAGAGUACAAGACAUUGAAGCAAGCCUGGCUCAAGAAAAUUGAGAGAAGUGAAAACAAUCCAAAACGAAAGCAAAAGGAAGCUAAGCUGCGUGAAUUCUAUGAAAAAGUUUUCCCUGAGAUAAGGAAGCAGCGAGAACAAACAGAAAGAUUUACUAGGAAACAACUUGAGGAGGAGGCAUCUAAACAGCCCAUUGAGCCACCAGAGGAAGAAGCACCUCUCCCUGAACCAAAACCAAAAAGUGUUGUACAGGUGAUCUACAAGGAGAACAAGAAAAAAGCUGAAACUGCUGCAGCAAGAUUGGCAAAGCUUAGUGUGCCACUUCCUGGAGGAAAGCCUUUGUACAAUCAACCAUCUGAUCUUCCUUGUUAUCAUGAGAACCUUCGAAGAGGCCCAGCUGUGAAAGCUAAAUUGGUUAAGUAUUUUCAGUUGAGAAAGCAGGCCAAAGAACUCAAGAAUCGUCAAUUGUGUAAAGAGUACAAGACAUUGAAGCAAGCCUGGCUCAAGAAAAUUGAGAGAAGUGAAAACAAUCCAAAACGAAAGCAAAAGGAAGCUAAGCUGCGUGAAUUCUAUGAAAAAGUUUUCCCUGAGAUAAGGAAGCAGCGAGAACAAACAGAAAGAUUUACUAGAAUGGGAUCAAGAAGUAACUGGGGGAUUGUGGCUCGAAGCGAAGCUGAAUUCAAUGAAAUUGUUGACAACCUAAAUGAACAAGAGGCCAAUGAACGACACAUGCGCACUUUAGCUGUUGAGCCUCCGCCUAUGCUGGACAAAGAAGAAAGGAGAGUGAAGUUCAUCAACAGAAAUGGGCUGAUACGAGAUCCACUGGCAACUCUUAAUGAAAGGAAGCACAAAAAUAUCUGGACAGAGAAAGAGAGGCGCAUUUUUAAGGACAAGUUUAUUCAAAACCCGAAGGAUUUCGACUUGAUCGCCUCGUUUUUACCUGGAAAAAGUGUGUCGGACUGUAUCCUGUUUUACUAUCAGACAAAAAAGAAGGAACAUUACAAACAGCUGUCACGGAGACACAACCUCAAGAAAAGGCGAAGAGAUCAAUCGCAGUUUGGAUCCAGUCGCGAGUGUGCACCUACAAACAAGGCAAGGGCGAGUGCUUCAGAGAGCAGUGUUAAAGGUGAACGUGGUGGAUCUGAGGGAGAGGAGGACCUAGAGGAAACGACUGACUCAGCAGAAGAGAGCGACGAAAAUGACGAACAUGCACCACCUUCAGUAACCACCGCUCAAGUAACCACGCCUACUCCAUCGGUCAGGCACACAGGCAGACCAGAUCACAUUGAGACAUCCCGUUGGAGUGAGAAAGAGAUUGAAAUUGCUCUCCAAGGGCUGAGAGACUGUGGUCGUGAUUGGGAAGCAAUUGCUCGAAGGGUCGUGACCAAGACUGGUGCUCAGUGUAAGAACUUCUACUUCAAUUACAAGAAAAAACUACACCUGGAGGCACUUGUUGCGGAACAUGAGGCCACAAAGAUGCAACGAGCACAGCAGCAACAGCAACAAAGACCCUUCAAUUGGUUGCUCCCAGAAUAG